UCCUAAAAACAAUGAUCAUUAUGCUUCUUUAAAUGAAAUAUAUGGCAAGGAAACAACUGAAAUUCAUCGUCCUUCACUUAUAAUUAACAAAAAUAAAAAAAAUUCCCAAGUAAAAUUAAAAAAUAAUAUGCCAUUUAAUGGUACAGCACAAAGAGCAAAAAAUGUUGGAGUAACAGUUAUGUGUUCAGAAUGUGAGCAUUGGCGAUUAUUUUAUUCUAAACAAAAAAUAAAUGAGCAAGAAAAAAAAUUAUUAACUGCAUAUUUAGAUACUAUUGAUUAUUCGUGUGGUUCAUCAUUUUAUAAUGCAGAAAAUUUAUUUGGGCUUCAAAAUCAACAAUUGAUUAAUAAUAAAUUAGAAAAUAACACUGAAAUAGAAAGUGAUUCUGAAUUAGUAAUUACUGAAUCAGAAUUAAAAAAUAAAAAGCGUAUAAGCAAUGAAAUUGAAUUAAGUAAUAGUGAGAAUAAUUCUGAUUAUGAUAAUUUAUUAUUAAAUCAAAAUGAG